GACCUUGAAGUGGAACCUUGUCGGAGCUCGCGAUUAUCAACCGGCGAGGGUGUGAUUGCCGAUUGCUGAUUGCUUGCGACAAAACGACGAACGCCGUACGCGAUUCGACCAUGCUCAGCAUCUUCAUCGAGUUCGUUUUCAACGUCGUGCUCUUCUUGUGCUGCUUCGCAGCCUCACUCCUCGCAGUCGGCGUUGUUUACAUCAAAUUUAGAUACAAGACACUCUCCAGGACGACACUCAAGAACAAACACGUUGUGAUAACAGGAGGUUCAAGUGGAAUCGGAAAAGGCGUAGCAUGUGAGGCUGCAAAAAGAGGAGCAAAUGUGACAAUAAUUGCAAGGGAUAAGAUAAAAUUAGUGGCGGCCAAGAAUGAAAUCGCAAAGCACUGUGUCAACUCGAGUCAAAGGAUUCACACCUACUCUUUGGAUGUCAGCUCUAAUUUUGACAAAGUUGACAAAGCGUUUGUUGAGAUUGAACAGGAAGUCGGCCCGAUAUACAUGCUCGUCAAUUGUGCUGGAAGUGCUGUCUGCGGAAAACUUGAAGAUUUGUCUAAAGCUGAUAUAAAAAAAAUGUUUGAUCUCAAUUGUCUCGGGAGUAUUUUCCCGACAAAAGCUGUCAUAGAAGGCAUGAAGGCAAGAGGAGAGGGUUAUAUUGUGUUUGUGGCUUCCCAGGCUGCACAGAUUGGCAUUUUUGGUUUAAGUGCUUACAGCGCUUCAAAAUUUGCCCUCAGAGGCUUUGCUGAGGCACUUAAUAUGGAAGUGAAAGCGCAUGGAAUCAAAGUGACAAUUUCUUUCCCUCCUGAUACCGACACACCAGGCUUUGCCGAAGAAGAAAAGAGCAAGCCAAAAGAGACCAGGCUCAUUUCGCAAACAUCCGGACUUUACUCGCCUGCCGAAAUCGCAUUAAAAUUAAUGAAUGAUACACUUGCUGGUUAUUUCAUCAGUUCGUACAAUUUUGAAGGGUUCAUGAUGUACGUACUCUGCGCCGGGAUGUCGCCGUAUAGUUCAUUUUUCCAUUUGCUUCUUGAGAGCCUAUUGAUGGGCAUAUUCAGGAUCGUAGGUGGUGCGUAUUUGAUAUCAUUCGAUCGAAUAGUCAUGAGGUGUAUGAAAGAGAAAAACCAUUCAAAGAAAGCUGAGUGAAGUACUUCAAUAUUUACGGAUAAUUUUGUGCAAAAGAAUUCCAUACAAUUAUUUAAUAAGCAGGAUGAGUGGUUUGUGAUAUGUAUUCACGGAGUUUCUUCAAUACCGAGCACUACCAAAAAGUUUUAAAAUGUAGUAAAAAUGUUAUCACAUUGAUGUAUUUUGUCAUUUUAUUCAAGCAUGUAAUAUUUAAAAAAAUAUUAAUGUUAAAACAUGGUAAAAAUAUAGUCAACCAAAAUAAAGAACCGAAUAGAAUGAUGUUUUUGCUACAACCAAUUUUUAUAUUAUAAUAAAUAAAUUAUUCAUUCAUUAUAAAAUAAUGCAUAAUGUUUUUCUUUUAUUGUUUAUGCAAGUCUUCUGAGCAGACCUAAAUGGACUGAGGUAUUUUUUCCUCCUCAUAUCUCUUAAACCUAUAACACAGACAAUAAAUUUAACUUUUCUUAUUUGCACUAUGUCACUGUGUUUUUAUCGCUAGUCUAUGUAAAAUAAAUAUUUUUUAAUUUCUGUGUAUGUAUACUGCUUGUUGAAUUUGAAAGACUGAUGCUUUGAUUUAUUUUCAUUUUCUUAGAAAAACUACUUUUUGUAUUUAAUUAAUUUUAUUUUUGUCGAUUCUUUUUAUACACAGUCGUGAAAUAUUAUGCUAUUCUUAUGCAUUAAAGGUUAAUAUAAUUUAUUGCCCUAUU